AUGUCGCGCGCGCUGCGGCGCCUCGCGCGCGCCAAGCACGACGCGGCGACGAAUCCCAUGGGGUUCCUGCUCGAGAACCCGCUGAAGCUGUACCGCGAUUGCAUGCGGUUGGCGGAUUUCUUGGCGCACAAGCAGGGACACUCCAGGGACGCGCUGCGCGCGACGGUGCGAGCGCCGUGGAGGACGCACAGGGACGAGCGCGAUCCGGAAAAAAUCGUGGCGCUGCGAGAGAACGCGGUGCGGGGGCUGUCGAAUUACAUGAUGUACGAGGCGUCGCGGGGCGCGAUGGCGGGGACGCCGGCGUUCGCGAAGGAGGACGAGGAAGAGCGACGAGAGUAG